CUCGCUUUUGGUGAUACUGAGUUGGUGUAGAAUAGUCACCAUCGAAGAUGCUACGAUCGAAGUCGAUACUUUUGGUGGUUCUUGUUGUGGCGUGCUGCGGUUCUGCCGUGACUACGAUUCGCGUGUUGGAUCGCUUCAAGAGUCGCGUCGAUCUGAGGGUGGUUCGCCGGCACCGUUUGCGUGAAUUGCGUGAGUUGACCGGAUUUGGUUUCACACCCACGUUCCGCCUGUUGGACCCCGACAGUGGUAGUAACGAACUCUUCCAGUUGGGAAGCACAAGCAAUGCCACCAGCACAAAUCAUAUCCAAAACGGGACGGACCAGGCGAGUGAGGACUUUGCCGAAAUGGAGAUAAGUGAAAGUGAUCUGGCGGAGGCCUCCGUGGGACAGGAACGAACGCCGAUUAUAAGCUCGAUUUUUGAGCAGCAUGUGAUCUUUCGGUUCUAUCAUGGAAACAACUUGACCAAAACCAUCACUCUUCGUAGCACCCCACUCCUGACCAGCACCGAAUGCUCAACAAAGGAAAAGUUUUCCAUCAUCGUACAUGGGUGGCACGAAAACUGCUACGAAACCUUCUGGGUGAAAGAUCUGCGACGCAAUCUGGACGUUUACCGUGGAGGGUGCGUCAUUUGUAUGGAUUAUUCCACUUUUUCGAGCGGUGGCUAUCCUUAUUUGUUCAGGAGAUUCAACGAUAUUGGCUCAGUUUUGUUAAAAUUCAUACGAAUCCUACAAUACGAAGGCAUGCAGCUGGACAACUUGUUCAUGUUCGGCUUCAGCUUCGGAGGUCAACUGGUGCUGGACGCGGGCAAUCAGGUCGGGUUCAACGCAAUCGAGGCCAUCGACACCUGCGACAUGGCAGGCCCCGGGUUCGAUCAGGAUCGGUUCUUCAAAGGAGUCCACUUCCGGAAUGCAGCGAAAAAUGUGCAGUGCAUUCACACCAGUAUCGACAAAGGUACGAAACUGAUGAACAAGUGUCACCAAGAUUGGCGAAUGGGUCAAUGCGGAUUUAGACAGCCCGCUUCCGGUAAACCUCCACUGGGUUCGCAUGGACUGUGUCCGGUUUUCUACAAUUUGGCUUUCGAAGAAAAUUUCUACGCUGAGUUGAAGCCACUAGAUUGUAUUACGCUAAGGGAUCCUGUAGCAGAUUAUCCAAGUGGCUACAAGAUGGGAUAUUUGGAACACCGAAAAAGUCAAGUCCGAGGAGAGCUAUACGCACAAACAGCAGAACAGUUUCCGUACAUUGUUUCCCAACAACCGGAAGCCUAAAUAUAUUGAUAUGAAUGUUCCAGCUAAAUGACCCUAGUGACUGAAUGCAUAUAUUUUUAUACCAGUGAUAAAACCUGUAACCUGUUUCUUUUGAAGCAUUUUCGCCAUUAAUUUAUUAUUUACAUUUUUAGAAUAUAUAUUGAAUAGGAUAA